UCAAUCCAACUGUAGCUCCUGAACGUACUUGGAUACGGACACCCCGCCCUGCUCCACCCCCUCAGCCCCCACACAAUAACAAUGGCCUCUCCAAAUCCCGCCCAGUCGACAACCAUCCUCUUUCGUCGGCUUACCUGGCAGUCCGCUGUUACCAUAUCUAUUCGGCUCGCAGAUGGUGAGCCAGGUGCAGGCAAUGCGUGUGACAGGUAUUAUAUCAAAGCACCCAGAUACUCUUACCUACCACUUUUCAUCCCCGAAAUACGAGAAAACCUAGUCGAACUCGCCCUGGAUGAUGCACAACUAGAGCAAAUAGACGAGAAGAACUGGUGGUUUGAAGAGGAAGUAUCAGAAGAAGACAAGCAACGGUUUGUGCGACAGGGUGCUUGCAGGUGGCACUGGCCCAUAGACCUCGUUGAUAUCCAUUCGUUCAUCUCGCGUCCCCAACCUCUCCCUUCAUCGAUCGAACUGUCAUCGACUCCUCGCGUGAUCAGUCUCCUUCUCCACCUCUCAAAUCCUCCGCAAGACCGUUUGUUAAUGCCAAACUCAAUAGAAGUGUGCAAAUCCCAAUGGCUGAAUCAAGUGAAGGAGGCAGAUUUUGUGAGGUGGCGGAAUACCAAUCGAGUGACAAAUUUGAGAAGGGUUGAUCUGGAAGCAGGAUGGGAUGGGAUCGUCAAUAACGACUUUGACUUGUACGCUCAAAUGGUGAACAAAAUCGUGCCCCUUCCCCUGCUGACUUCUUCCAACUCAACGCAACCAUCGAGACCAUCAUCUGCCGACCCUUCGGGUCCCCCACGAGCUCCCGAUUCGUCCUACGCCACAAGAGCAAUCCCAUUCAAGAUCUAUCUGCCUGAUAAUGCCCCUGUUAUCCAAGAGAUCGUCCCGCCAAUUUCUGAAUCUGGUAAACCCACAACCCUCCUUGCAGUAUUACAGGUCCAUCUCCCACUUCUUUUCCCCAUUUCGUCUGAAAACCCUUACGAGCUCGCCUUCCCCAUCGCUCAGGGGAUAUUAAUACCACAAGAGGCAGAGGUGGCUUGGAUUGCGAGCUGUCUGUGUGGAGUUGAUGGCUGGGUCAGAGUCGGGGUGUGUCUAAGUGCUGCUUGAGACCCAGCGGGAAGCCGAUGUCAAAUGGGAGGGGUAGAAGGUGUUGUACAGGUAUAUGUUGUAUAUGCGGUAGAAUGAAGUGUGUAAAAUUUGAAGAUGC